AUGGCCGCCGGCCUCGCCUUCCCCGUCCCCGUCGCCUCCUCUCCACUCGCCUGCGCCUCCUCACCUGCCCACCCCGCGCACCGCAUCUGCUGCGCGAUCCCGUCCACCGUCAAAUCCUCGCCGCUCCGCGCGACUACCGGCCUCUCCGGGAACAGACGGGGCACGGGCCGUGGCGCGUCCGUAGUGUGCGCCGUCCAAGGCCAGGACGCGACCAUCCAAGUCCCAGAUGUGACAAAGUCAACAUGGCAAUCGCUUGUGAUUGAGAGCGAGCUUCCUGUCCUUGUUGAGUUCUGGGCUUCAUGGUGCGGGCCAUGCAAAAUGAUAGAUCCAGUUGUUGGCAAGCUCUCAAAGGACUAUGAGGGGAAGCUGAAAUGCUACAAGCUCAACACAGAUGAGAACCUGGACACAGCAAGCCAGUACGGGGUCCGGAGCAUCCCCACCCUGAUGAUAUUCAAGAAUGGCGAGAAAAAGGAUUCGGUUAUUGGGGCUGUGCCUGAGAGCACACUGGUCACAUGCAUCGAGAAAUUUGUUGAGAGGUAA